CUAUGUCAACAGCAUUGUUUUUAUCCUGUGACCUAUGUUUUUACGAACUAACAAAUUAAUAACAAUUAACAAUAUUUUUUUAAAUUUCUACGUUCAAUCUUAACUUAACGUGUAUCUUAAUAUGUUAUAAUCGCCUCAAUUUUUGGAACGUUGUUAUAAGGAUAUUUUAAUAUUGUCAAAUUAUCAACAAUGGCAGACAUGCUGACUAUCGGUCGCUCUGCGAUGAAAGACAGGUCUACCGCGCAUCUUCGAAUUUAUGUUGCCGGUAUUAUGGAAGAAGACUCAUCUAUUGACGAAGUGUACAAUCACUUUAUCCCAUAUGGACCUAUUGAUGGAAUCGUCAUUAACAGGAUAUUCGGCUUUGUACAGUUUCGAAAUGAAUCAAGUGCUCAAGAUGCAAUAUCUAAAGCAAAUGGCUCUAUAUUCAAAGGACGGAAACUGAUUGUCAAAUCAGUUAUGAAAAACGAUAAACUUCAGAGUGAUAUGGUUUCGGUACAGCCAGAUGUACCUCCAGCUGUUGCUCUGAAUGAUAAUCUUCCAAUGACGGUAGAAGAUAAUCAAGAUGAUCUUUAUGAUAACCAAGGGAACUAUGUUGGAGAAAAAGAAGAAGAUAUGCAUGAAGAGAUUUAUAAUAGGAGUUGGAAUGACAACCGCGAGCCACCAGGCAUGAGAGGCAGGGGUCGCGGGGGGCCGAGGGGUCGUGGGAGGGGACGCGGUGCUCCGGCCUUCCGUGAGAGAUCUCCGGGAAGAGGUGAAUGGCAAGAAAGAGAACGCUUCGAACGGUAUCCGGAAUAUCCGCGGAAACUGCCAGUACCCGAACGUAAUGAUUGCGAGAUUAUUGUUGUAUCGAAAAUGCUCACUGAAUAUGCCGAAUACAUUGAGGGUAGAUUAAAAAGGCUUGGAAUAGUCGUGGACCUUUUGUUUCCAAUGGAAGAUGUGCCAAUUGGCAAAGUAUUGGGAAAUAUUGCCUCCCGAGGCUGCCUUUAUGCAAUACUUGUGAUGCAAGAGAAUCAAGAACAUAGGUCAAUGACACUUACUAUUUUACAUGGAUUGCCUCAAGAGCACAGAAACAUGCCCCUAGAAGAUGCCUUACAAUUAAUAUCGAGGAACUACCAAGAGGUACAGCGAGGAGGUCCCUCAGGAAGAGAAGCUGUGUAUGCCUUACUUGGACAAUUGGCUGAUGGAAGAAACUUAACUGUGAUGCAGUAUGAUAAAGUUCUUGAAUAUUUAAAGGAAAAGCGAGGACAGCAAGUAAAAAUAGAGUUAGGUGAGCCCCUACCACCGGCUGCAUCAACUAAUAAGACACAAGUGGACUUGCAACAGAGAAUUCUCAACAUCCUUAAUGAUAAGAAGGAAGUGCAGCCCCCUAAAACCGCACCACCCAAACCUGACAAAGCCCAACUAUUCAAUGACCCGACUGUAAGAAAGGCCCUAGAUAGUAUUUUGCACAAAUUUGUUUAAAAUGUGAAUAAUAAAUAUAAUUUAGUUUGUUAUGGCCCAAAAUAAAAUUGAUCACUAUGCUGCUAUUUCAUAGAAUGUCCAUAUAUUAAGCUAACAGAUAAAUUAUAAAGAAUGGCAGUAGACAAUCAGAGCCUUCUUUGACAGACUUAAAAAACCGAUGGUUAAUUCGACGUGUAUUAUAUACAUUUGAGUUUAGUCAGCCAUUUAUUUAAAUUAUCAUUUCGACUUUCGGGCCACAACAAAUAUAUUGUGGUGUGAAUGAAUUAAUAAAAUGUAAAUAAACAA